AUGGGAAACGGUGCAAAGGCGCAGCAGAAACGCGAGAGAAACUCAAAGGCACCACCAGCGAAGGGCUCCAAAAGCCAGCUGAAAGUGAACGAGGCCGCUAAGAACAUUGUCUGCACGACGUGUAGGCAGCCGUUUAUGAUUACGACCCGUCAGCCGGCGCUGGAACAACAUGCUCAGAACAAACAUUCAAAAACUCUAGCUGACUGCUUCCCCGAUUUCAAGCCGUAA